UUUGCAGGAUGUAAAAGUCGCACGCAAUACGGGCUUUUGCUACUGAUGUGAAAGCAGAAUUGGAGGCCUGCGACCUACAUAAAAAGUACAACAGACCUAUCAAUUUAGCGAGAACUUAGCAUGGUGGAUUUGUGUCGACGGUUAACUAUUACCGGGAUAGCCAGUCCCAGUCUGGCCCACCUCAUCAUCCUCCCAUAUCCCCCAUGUCGGCUUUAGUUCCCCGUUUAAGGUUGGCCCUGAACUCAACUCGCAUCGUAAUUAACGGUAAUAAAAGCUUAUUUUUUUUCGCCAAGAUAUUUGACCGGAGAGGGCGACGGUGAGCUUUUUUUUGAACAAUGGCCCCUCGUUCCUGGCAACUUUGCGUCCUCGGGCAAGCAACAUGUUCUUCAACAAGAUUACGGUUGCCGCAUUGGCGACAGCAGCUGCAGCUGCCCAGGCCGCCAGUUCUGCCAUCGAUGCGGACGUCGUUGUAGUUGGUGGGGGCACCUCAGGGGCGUACGCUGCUGUUCGGUUGAGUCAAGACUUUGGCAAGAAAGUCCUAGUCGUCGAGAAGGAGAGUGUUCUUGGUGGCCACGCCAACACUUGGUACGAUCCGGUCACCAAAAAGCCAUUUGGCUACGGCAUUGACGUUUUUGACAACAUAACCGCCUCUGUCAAUUACUUUGCUCGCUUCAACAUUUCGACAAAAGCACCAACAUUCGACACUGCCGUGCCCAUCUCGGCCGAUUUCACAGAUGGAAAGCUUAUCAACUACACCGCCCCCGCGCUCGCCGCAGCCGACGACGCGUUUAGCAGGUGGCGCGAGCAGUGGAAGCGGUUCGAGCCGCUGCUGCUGCCCAUAGGCACCGAGUUCCCCACGGGCGACGCCAUACCCGCCGACCUCCUCCUGCCCUGGAAGGAUUUCGCGCGCAAGUACAAGCUCGAAGCCUUCACGCCGAGGAUAUGGACCGUCAUGGGCCUGGACGUCAACACGGCCCUGGUCAUCGACGUCUGGAAGGCCUACUACCCUGCCGACGGGGGCUUUGUGGCUGCCUCGGGCGACAACCGGGAGAUCUACUUCAAGGUCCAGGAGCUGCUGGGCGACCGCGUCAUGUACGAGUCCGAGGUCGUUUCCAGCACUCGGUCCGACGCCGGAGUCCGACUCGUCGUGAAGCACAAGGACGGAAGCACGUCCGACGUCAACGCCAAGAGGCUCCUGGUCACCAUCGGGCCCGAGACCAUGGACAAGACCGUCUUCGACUUGGACGACAACGAGACUGCCCUCCUGCACUCGACCUGGGGCAACCGCUGCUACACGGGCAUCGUGUCCCAUCCAUCCCUGCCAGCCGAGACCAUCACCAACACCGACCCCAACGCCGCCGGGGGCAACUUCCUGGCCUACCCUACCACGCCGUACCUGGCAAACUUUUUCUACAGGGCCAACUCGACGUUUGGUCCUGUCUUCCGAUCCCUGGUCAUCGCGCAAAACGAGACCACUUUCCAAGAUGCGCAGACCAUCGUGCGCGGUUCGCUGCAGAGGCUCAUGGAGGCUGGAACCGUGCCCAAGGGAGAUGCGAACCAGUUGAAGUUUGAAGCAUUCUCGGAUCAUGGUAUUCUGUACCGACGCUGGACUCCCGAGCAGCUCCGUGCCGGCAUCAUCAACCAGGCAAACAAGCUGCAGGGCCUCCGGUCGACUUGGUACACGGGAGCUUACUGGAUGAAUAACAAUGCUGCCAUGCUUUGGAACGCUACCGACACCAUUCUACCCAAGAUGCUGCAGGGCAUCUAAGGGCGGGCAUACAGGCUAUCUUUUGGUAACUAAUCGCAGACAGAGAAAUGUAGCAUACAGCAUCAAGCUUCUAGUCUAGUUUAAUAUCAAUCAUGUCUGUGUCUGAACAAACC